ACCCAAGCAAACAAUUGCGUAGGUAUUGCACACAUUGCAUUUGUGUAUAUGAUUCCCAAGGGCGCAUAACCGCAAAUUGUUCAGAUUCAAAGCUCCUUCGGCGUAUUCCAAAAGGGCUUCCUCAAAAUAUUUCAAGAAUCAAAAUUUCCUUAUGGCAAAAUCUGACUCGAUUUGACGUUAACCAGGUCCUCAGUUACCGUUCCUUGGAGUACGUCAUGAUAUACAAAAAUAAAAACUUGAAUAAAGUGGGACAGUUUACAAAAGUUGAGCCUAUAAGCAUACCUUCAAAUAUCAAGCAUCUUUACUUGUCACACAACGCCAUUUCUGAAAUUUACAAGAACAGUUUUGAGCAUUUGACUAAACUAACACAUUUGGAACUCAAUUGCAAUCAACUGAAGCAUAUCAAGAAAAGGAUGUUCAUAGGACUGUCCUCACUCGAAAGUUUGAACCUGGCCUCAAAUAACAUCACAAGUAUCGAGCAUAACUCGUUCGAAGAUAUGAACAAUUUGUUGAUCCUCGACUUAAGUCUGAACAAGUACCUUGUAGGACCGAAUGGUAAACUUCCACUACACCUGUAUACAGGAAGUACAAACAGUCUACAUAUACUUCAUCUUCAAGGUAUGUUCUCAGAAAAAGUAACCAGUUACCCCAACGAUGAGUUGUACAUGAUGCGGAGUUUAAAACAUUUGAGAAUCGAUGGCGUAGAGAACGCCACACUAGGAUCUGAGUUGCAACCUUUGCCCCAUUUAACAAAGCUUUUCAUAGGCGGCACGGGAAGUUUUUGUAGCAUUAAAUUUAUACAUGAGACAUUCUUUAUAAACAUGCCAAAUAUAAAGACGUUUGUCAUCUCUAGAUGCCCGUUAGUCCACAUUAAUCCAAGCGCGUAUUUAAAUCUAAGGAAUUUGUCAAGUUUGUCAAUUUCCUACAUGAAAUAUGAUCUCGUGAUGGCAUUUAAAGAACUCGAAGGAUUACAAAAUUCUUCACUGAGACAUCUUCAACUGAUACAUCUCUAUGAUUCAAGGUACAUCUACCGUUGGCUGACUGACAUCCACGCGGGAUUUCUAAGAAACAUCCCUUUAAUAUCGUUGGAUCUGUCCGAAAACAACAUUGGCAUCCUCAGCCAGUGCUUUGCUGAUCUGUUACCCAAGACUUUGAGGCUGAUAAGACUGAGCCGAAACACUCUAACAAAAAUUACCCAUGUUCUCAAGUCACUGAGAUUUUUACCACAACUCUGUAACCUAGAUGUCAGUGAUCAGGAUGCGUCCAAUCUUUUUUUUAACGACACUGUUCUAUGCAAUUUUUCCAGCCACAAUGAAGACCAAGACACCUCGCCUUUUCUUCGUUCAGAUAUCCAUGUCGACUACCAUACUCUCAAAGACGGCGGGGAAGUAAUGAAAAAUGCUUUAACUAGUAAACACUGUGACAAUGGAGAAGACGAUUUGGAACAAGAAGAGUGCAGUGUAACAAUCAGAGAUUUUCCCCCGAACCUCAAAAUAUUAAAAGCGAGAUCUUUCUUAGAUUCGAGGAAUCAUAUUUUCAAAUACCAUUGGCCUAGCAAUAACUCUCUGGAGGUCAUUGAUCUAUCAGGUAGUUAUUUCACAAGAUGGGGAAACGGAUGCAUGCCAGAAAGCAUUAAACAUGCAGACCUUAGCAAUAACUAUUGCACCAAUAUCAAUAAACAUUUUUUCUCGAUCAAUAAUUCAAUAGAAUGUCUUAGACUUUCGAAUAAUUUACUCGGUCCCGUAUUUACUGACGAUAAAACGGGGGAAGUUUUUGCUAAUCUCAGGCACACAAAACUUCUUGAUGUGUCUAUGAACUCAGUUUACCAGCUUCCCGGUGACUUCUUCAAGGGGCUCCCCGAGCUUGAAACCUUAAUUGUGUCAAAUAAUAAAAUUCAAAUUUUAAACGUAAGUUUUUUGCAGAUGCCGAAGUUAAAGUUCAUUGACUUUAGCAAGAACUCGAUUAACUGGAUAACCAGGAAUUCACGUGCCGAACUUGACACCAUAGCCAUUGACCACCACGUCGCUUUAGACUUGACCUACAACCCUUUGCCUUGCUCGUGCGCCGGGCUAGAAAUUCUCAUUUGGUUGAACAACACCAAUGUUCAGUUGUGGGAUAAAGAAUUUCUGACAUGCAUUCAUGAGAGCGGUGAAACAGAGAGAAACAUAAUAAGCCUACAGAAAGAAUUGGAAACUCUGCAAAGACAAUGCACGUACCAAGCCUUGACACUUUUCAUGUGUGUCUCGGCCAUGCUCAUCAUAUGCACCCUACUGACAUCCUUGUUUAUGUAUCGAUACCGUUGGAAGCUGAGAUAUCUAUGGAGUAUCGCUUUGGUUAAACUGUUUGGCGCUGAACUGAAAACUGAAGAAAACGGGUAUCGAUUCGACGCGUACAUCCUUUACGCCGAGGAGACGCGGACCUUCGUCCUUCGAGACUGUGUCCGUGAGCUGGAGGAGAAGAGAGGUCACCGUCUUUGCAUUGAAGAGAGGGACUUCAUGCCCGGCACGUACAUCGUGUCCAACAUUGUAAGCGGCGUGCAGAACAGUUCCAAGACAGUUCCCAUAGUGACGCCAGGAUUUUACCAAGGGGAUUAUACCGAGUACGGCGUCAAGAUGGCGCUGAUGGAAGAGAUCUUCGCCAGACGCUCGGUGCUGUACCUGUGCCUCUACGAGCCAACGGACAACGAGGAUUUAUCGCACGACUUUCUCACUGUCAUGAAAAACAACAGGUACAUAGAAUUUCCUCCCCAGGACGAGGAGAGCGAUGAAAUCCAGCAAAUAUUUUGGAAUCGGAUGUCGUCUGUAAUUGGAAAAAGCGAAGAGAGUUUUUCACCUGAGCAGGAUACUUGUUCCAGCCCCCCAGAACUUUUGAGUGAUGUCAGUAGCCAAGAAAGCUAAGUCAAAGUACCGAUAGAGUGCCCAGUGCACUUUAAAAUGUUAUAAUUGCUUCUAGAGACAGGCCAAAGCGGGAUUGACAGUUUUAAAAGUCAUGCAUACAUUAUAAAUGAACAUCAUUUAGGCCAAGCACAUAACAAUGGGAAACAUCAAUAUGGAAAUACGAAAUUUCUAAAGGGAC